AGGGGAGAGGAGGGGGUGCGGGCUCGCGCGCCCGCGCGGGCUGGCAGGCAGAGCGCGGAGGGACGGGGAGGGCGCGCAGCGGCGGGGCUUCGCCGCGCACCGCACGUUUGUUGGUGGGCGCAGUAGAGCGGCUACAGCUGGGAGGAAAAGAUGUUUGGCUUUCACAAACCGAAGAUGUAUCGGAGUAUAGAGGGCUGCUGUAUUUGCAGAGCUAAGUCUUCCAGUUCUCGUUUCACUGACAGCAAACGUUAUGAAAAGGAUUUCCAGAAUUGUUUUGGGCUUCAUGAGGCCCGCUCAGGAGAUAUUUGCAAUGCCUGUGUCCUUUUGGUGAAAAGAUGGAAAAAAUUGCCAGCAGGAUCCAAAAAAAACUGGAAUCAUGUGGUAGAUGCCAGGGCUGGACCCAGUCUUAAAACAACAUUGAAACCAAAGAAAAUGAAAACUCUGUCUGGAAGCAGAAUAAAGAGCAAUCAAAUCAGCAAACUACAAAAGGAAUUCAAGCGGCACAACUCCGAUGCCCACAGCACCACUUCGAGUGCUUCCCCAGCUCAGUCGCCCUGUUACAGUAACCAGUCUGACGAUGGCUCUGACACGGAGAUGAGCGCUGGGUCCAGCAGAACACCAGUUUUCUCCUUUUUAGAUCUCACUUACUGGAAAAGGCAAAAGGUCUGCUGUGGAAUUAUUUACAAAGGGCGUUUUGGGGAAGUCCUCAUAGACACUCAUCUCUUCAAACCUUGCUGUAGCAAUAAAAAGUCUGCCACUGAAAAGCCAGAACAAGAAGGACCACAAUCUCCAGCAAUCUCCACCCAAGAGGAGUGGUGACUUCCUUGGAUAGCUGCAGAAGGUUAUACAGAUCCUCUUAUUCUCUGGAAAAAUACUAGAAAAGUGAUUGUUCACUUUGGACACCUGCUAUGCUGCCAAAAGACUAUUCCCUAGAACUGUUUUGGGUUUUACUGCUACAAUUCCACAAACUCUUGAAGCCAGUUUGUAUCCUUUCAGAAAGACUGUACAUAAUAUUUAAGAUGCUAUGGAACACUUGGCAAAGCUGUAUGCUGCUGCAAGGUUGUCUAAUCUUCUCUCCCUUUGCCCCUACCACCACUUGCUUCACAAGUGAAUAUGAGGAUGGGGUUUUGUAUAUUAAAGUAUAUGUAGUUCAUGUUUCUGUAUUGAAAGAAGCAGUGGUUGUAAGGCAUUUUUUUUUAAAGUUGGUUGGUAACUUCCCUUGAAUCCCCAAGAAAAUAUUUCAUUCUUAGACAUGUAUGAGUCAAUAAGAUGAACUAAUACAUAGAAAUGUUAUAAGUCACCUCUCUAGUUAUUAUAUAAAAAUAUAUAUUUUUUAAAGGUGUGGAGAUCUCACCCUAUACUACUGACGUAACAAAGACAAAUAUUUCAUCCCUCCUAUGUGACACAGACUGGUAAACUGCAGACAUCUCUACUACGAGUGGUAGUUAUCCAAGGCGGCCCCCAACAUAAAGUGCCCUUCAGAAGGGGUGGGAGAGCUCUCCUCCUUAGUUAAGGAGGAAGAUUUACCUAAGAAUUGAACACAGUGAAACGGGAGGCUACUUUGUUUUAACUCAGCAGCAGACACCCUGGGCUUUAUGUGGUAACUGACUGGUCAUUAGAGAUGGACCAAGAAAACAUCUUGAUGCUCAAGUUGGUGUAGGUGAUGGCCAAAACUGAGUAACUGCUAUCUGUUUGCCCAGUGCAGCUGAAAUGUGACCACAGAGCAGAAUUCCUGCUGGUUUUGGACCUGACAUAGAACCAAACCCCUCGCUAAGCAAAUCAGGCUCUGGUCCAGGGACGUAAUCCGACUGCAGCCUGGGGUCUGGAUUCGUGGUUGCUGUUUUGGAACCCUUCCCCUGCAGUGCUUCUCUCUGUUUGGUUUUGGGGUUUUUGUUUGUUUAAACAAUCACCGGAUCAAUGCUUCUGUGAAUACUGAAUAUGAAAAGUUCUGUUAAGAAUGGUGCUGUACUGAAUCGAGGCAGCUCUGUUUGCAUACACGAUCAAAAGAUAGUAUUUCUUACAUGGAUUCCCAGACAAACUCAUGUGCAAACCAUUGUGACACUCCUUCAAACUCCACUUUGCCUGUAGGGUGGAAGCAGCUUCCUGGAAGAGUGUGUUGCAGUUUUAGCUCCCAAUGUUUCAUGUUCCUUUUAUGAAGGUUUAACUUGUGUAAGUUGGGAAUUCUGCUUUUUUUGUUUGUUUCUGUUUUCGGGGGGGAGGGGGGAUUUUUCUUGCUAUUACUCUUUUGGGAUAUUCUACAAUCAAUUGCUACAAGCUUUCCUUUUUGUGAGAGUCAUUGGCAUAAUACUGUGGUGGGUAGGGCUUAGGACUGGAUUUCCAUGUAAUCCCACUUCCUGAAAUGCGAAUGCUUAGCAAAUGAAAAUACAGGUAGGGAAAGAUAUGCAGGUUUUAAGAGGAGCCUCUACCCUCAAAGCUUUUUUUUGUCUUUUUUUUUUUUUUUUUUCCUCUCCUUCUGCUGCAUAAGCCAACCUCUGGAGAGAAGGAACAUCACGGGAAACAGGGCUUUGACUUAACACAGCCUUACAGCUUAGAGCUUUCAUUUGUCUUAUUUUGCUUUUCCUAAACUCUCUGAGAUUCUGAAAGGGAGGACAAAGCUGCCUACCUUGCUUUCAUCUGCAACCAAAUAGAAUCAGAAUCAUUUAGGUUGGAAAAGACCUUUGAGAUCGAGUCCAACUGUAGAUACAAUGGAUGCUUGCUUGUAUAACGGCUUAACUAGGUUGGUCAUGUCUAAUAAGAGCUUGAGCAAGAGUCCUAGCUGUUUUUGCAGACACCUACUUUUAUCCGAAGUUUUGUUUUCAGCAUCAGUAAUUCUGUACACCUAAGGGUGCAGUAUUGGUGGUAGGAUGUGCUCUGAUACGGAUCAUCUCUUCUGUAUUUAUUUAUUUAUUGCUAGAUUUCAACCGCCAACUGCUUCCCCUACUCCCUCCCACCUCUUCCAUUCCCGGUAGUAAUGCAAAAUGAACUGUAUGUAGUCAUGCACUUUGUAUUAAUGUAUUAGAAAUCUAUGGAACCUGUUUUGUACUUUUAUACUGUUCAGACACUUGUAAUCCAAACUUUUUUUUACUAGGGUAAUGAAUAAAUUUAGACUUAUUUAGAAAAUAAA